AUGCAAAGCUCUGAUCCAUGGAAAAAAUCCGCUGACGGACGAAGGCUGUCCAAUGAUCGACUAGACCGUUUGGUCCUGGUCUAUGGCGCCUUCUUUUUCCCCUGCGUACGGCGUCCUUACCACCGAUAUAAGAUUCGCCGGCAGAGAAAUAGAAGGAUUCGCGAAGCCGAAGCUGCUUACAAGAUACGUAACGGCCCGAGGACAAAGGCUAAGUGGUUUCGCAGGCUUGUGCCUAAGAGCCGUGUUGACCACAAUGAUGCUCAGGAGGAUAUUUAUGUUCCUGUGUCUUCAGAUAUUGAUGGCCUGGAGGCCGGACAAUACGAGAAGUCCGAUGUCUCCCGUGUACUCAGCGGGACGAAGCCAUGCCCAUUGGAUCCCAGUGAAGAUGAUCUUUUUGGGGUAGCUGUUGUCGCUGAAUUCACGCCAGUGCGAGCACGCUGUGUGGACAUUUACUCUAUGACUCCCGCUUCUACUCACCUCGAUGUAUACUGCAACGACUGGCCUGGUUCAUCGCCAAACACAUCCCACGUGUCUAUCAUACGCACCCCAAGUACACCUCCUUCUUCCAUUUCUUCCAAGCAGAACGUACGGCCGAAUACUUCGUACACUGCUUCUACAAUGGUAGGAUAUUUAGAAGUACCCCCCAAAACAUACACAGCAGAGAAACGCCAGGAAAUCAAGCCCUUGGCUAAUGUGUCGGGCCAUGAUGAGACAGCUUCACGUUCAAAUCCCCGUUCCGCUACUCCUACGGUAAUUGAGCAGCAGGACAAGCCUAACCACUCACGCUUCUAUCGCUCAAAGGACAAAUAUCUCCAAGCAACCAAGAUCCCAAUUUCGACGACCACUUCCGCUAUUCUCCCGGCAAACAAGCCUUUCGGAACACCUAGGCUCUCGUCUCCAUCUCAUGUGGAGUGCAAGCAUUGUGGUAUUACCAUUCCUAUGGCAGACCGCUCUACCCAAACUGAGAAGUCUCCCCGUUUAAGCUCACCCAUUCUUUUUCCUACAGCGACAAACAUUAUUGCUAUGAAAGGGCAGCUUCCCUCACAUGCUCCCUUCUUGAACGACAGACAUGACCAGAUUAUCUCGACAGUUCCUGUCAAUGAUGAGAACCUCGAAGACGUGGUGCCUCCGCCUUUGAAAAUCCACCAGGCUGGAUAUGACCCGAAGUCAUUCCGAGCACGCGUGAAGAAAAAAACAGGAAGCUCGUCAUUGGACGACAUCAAAUCGUCUACUCGGUCCCCUCAAGUUCCUUGCACUGCAAGCUCAAUUCGGAAACUGCGAGGAGUAAGUAACCCACGGGAUGUCCUAGACAAAAUGCGAAACGGCGCACUUCCGGACAGACCCUCUAUUCCUGAUUUUAAGAAGCAACUGACACGCAAACCAGUCCCUCCUCCACCGUUGUCUACUUCUGCAACCAGGACCAAUCCCCCACAGCAGACCAACCGUCCGGUAUCCAACCGAGGAGACCGUACAGAGCACCAUCCAAGAGGUCAGGUACCUCAAAUCUAUGCACCAGAAUGGUCGGAUAACACCAGGCGUUCUGAAGAGACAACUUUUCCAGCCAACUCAACGAGGGCACUGUGGCGCAAUAUGCCAGAUGCCUCAGCUCGCAACCUGUCGUUGAACAGACGCCAGGCGCCCCAACAAACCCUACAACAGAGGAUUGCCAUCGCAAAGUCAGAGAAUACAGCUCAGUCAAUCACGCAUCUGACUGGACCACAAACGCAUGUAGUUCAAAACUCCCCAGAACGCGUCGUACCGCUAAGGCUUGCACCGGGCGUACCUGAAUCGCCCCUUGUAAAUGACAUCCAUCCCGAAAACCUAGUCUGGGCUCUUGAGCCUCACUAUCACACACAGUGGCGCAGGCGGGAAGCUCGUCCUAUCAAUGACUUUGAACAAGCACCAACGUGCGAUUAG